CCCGUCCGGGACGUCAUCGACGAGUUCAGCCGCUGCCUGCAGGACAUCAUCAACGCGGCGCACCACUCCGCGCCCAUGCUGGACGAGAGUCGAGCGUGAUAUUCGAGGACAGCGAGGCGUAGUCGGAGCUAGCGGCCAUUUUAAAACGUGAUACUGUUUGAUAUUAGGAUAAGUGUGAAUGGUCACGAGUCAAUCUAUGAUCGUUUUGGACAUAUUUCGUCUCAAGAUUUGUAAGAAGGCUGGCUAUGCAGCUAUCUUGAAUUUCCAAGAAGAGGGACAGUGCCCUUUUCCUUGCCGUAGGCGCAUUUUCUGAUUCUGAAUAAAAUGAACAUGACAAUGAUCGUGUCGAAAACCCCUUCCAUGUAGGGGGUAGAUUUAUAAUGUACCUAAAUGCAACGUUUUGAACGUUGCUUAAUAUUUUAACUGACACCAACAAAGCGUAUGAACGCGGCUGUUGAGAUUUGAAUCAACCAGUAAACGAAUCAAUCAUGUAUAAAGUACUAUGACUGGAUUAAAUCGCAUAAUUUUGAAUCAAAGUAUGUAUACAAGUUUAAAACUUUUGCUGAUUGCUUAGCGAUUAGGUAUUAUUAUUGAUUGUCACUUGAAGACUGCUAUGGAAUUUUGUAGUGUAGAUGCAAUGGAAUACUUCUAACUUUGUAAAUAUUAGUAUAAUAAAGCUGUAGGCAAAUAUCAGAUUUCUAAUUUUAAUGUCAAUAAACCUCAUCUUGAAUAUUAUGGAAUGUAAAUGAAUGUUUUGUAUAGGUCUGUUUGUAAAUACCUACUAGCGAUAAGGACUAUUUUAUACCUUUAGACUAAGGUAAUAAAUGUUUAUAGAAAUAAUAUAAUAAAUGCAAUGUUUAUAUACCUCGUCUUUUUACUUUUAUACAAACGACAUGCACAACCGCCCACCAAGUCAAAAGAGAGAAAAAUGUGGGUAUUUGGUCUCGCGCUCGACUACAUGAUGUUUCGUCGCAAGGUCAGGUGAACUAGACCCGUUGUUCAUAUAUAGAUACUACUUCUAUUUUAUUAACAUAUUGAAUUCAAUCUGCCGGGAGAUGAUUUUCACGUACGAAUGAAAUGAAAACGUAAAAAUAUCGUAUGGUAAGCAGCGGCGUAUGUGUAGCAUUGUAAUAAGAAAGUAUGGGUGCAUUCAACCUACCUACUAAAAAUAUGUCGACGACCUUAUUACACACAGAAUGCUGCGAUGUUAAUCUGUGUAUCUUAGAGCGAAUGUGAUACAGUUAAAUUCUCUUUAAAAUUUACUUAACUUACGACGACAGGAACGAUAUGACUUUUUGUACAGUUUGCGUUUUUAAUCCUUAUUACGUGAGGGCCACCCAAGGCACUUGGCGUCAUAACUCUACCGUCUAUUUUGAUAUGAUUUUGAUGAAUGGAUAAGAUUUGUUUUGUGGUCCGAUUGACAUAUUCUAAAUUUUUAACCGUCCUCCAAGAAGGAGGAUGUUCGUGGUCUAAACCUUUUUACUACAUAUUAUUUACGCCAGGCGACAUAGCGUAAGCCUGCCCUACGAUUACGUCCAAUUAUUAACCCUCUUUCACAACCAAAGAUACCCACAGAUACAUAGUACAAUUACAAUUUAAAAUAGACCUUAAUGCAUUGCAAUAAGGCGUGCAUUAUGGCGUGUUUAAAAAAAUACUAGUUUGCCUAAAUCAAACCAGUAUAAGCGCGACCUCAAACUACGUUUAAUAGUUACGCGACUCGUCACAUGUAAACUGGUCCUCCUAAGGCGAUGUCUUCUGUAAGUGAACAUGACAGUUACACGAAUACAUCAUCUGCAUCUAUUUACCUACACAAGAAGUGUUUUCGUUGUUGAAUGUAAUUUGACCCACCAAUUCUUAACAACUCGGCGUGGUUGGAGGUUUAGCUUAUACUGGUAAUGCAGUUUGGCGUUGGGAUGAACACCACAGGUAUGGGAUAUUGUUGGGCAGCUAUAUUUAGCCGCGUAGGGAGUUUCCUAUAAAUACGGCGCGUGUUAGGUUCGAGCCGCAGUUCCGUGUGGCUGCGCCGUUAUUUAUCGCUUCUCGCGGCUGCCAGCAUGAAUCCGCGGUUCGAAGUGCGCCAAUGUGAGAAACUUGGCAGGUACGCGGUGGCAGCGAGAGACCUCCGCGCCGGCGACACGGUGCUCUCCGAAGAGCCGUUCCUCCUGGCGCCGCACAGCGACUCGCCGCUCGUCUGCUUCGCCUGCCACCUGCCGCUGGUCAGCCGCUUCGUGCCGUGCAAGGGCUGCGGCGUGGCGCCGGUCUGCCCUGAGUGCCCUGAACAUCUCGCUAAAUUUCACAACAAGCCCGAAUGCGACUUGUUCAAAUCGCAGCGCGAGUCCCGCGGCCUCAGCGCAAUGGGUGUAGUCCCUUACGUUGGAGCCCUAGCGGUACUAAGGGCUUUACUACAUCGGCGCGACAACCCUCAAGCUUGGGAGGAGUUUGCAAGACUUGAAACGCACAUGGACCAGCGACGUGGAACAGACGUUUAUAAUUACAAUCAGCAUACUGUCAAGUUCAUCGAAUCCCUCGGGCUGCUGGCAGCCGACGACGACCCCGAGCUCACGCAGAAAGUGUGCGCCGCCAUCGACAUCAACAGCUUCGACGUGCGCGGCCCGCCCGCGCCGCUCGGCUGCGAACCCCUGCGGGGAGUCUAUCUUAAAACAGCUCUGUUGGCGCAUGAUUGCGUGGGGAAUACGCAUAUGUCUAUAAAUGAUAAUAAUUUGUUGGUGUGCCAUGCGAGCGUUGAUAUUAAGAAGGGGGAGCCGAUUUAUUACAACUACACGGAUCCUAUGAAGGGCACAGCUUUGCGCCAAGAACACUUACUAAACGGGAAAUACUUCAAAUGCUCCUGCACGCGCUGCGGCGACGCAACCGAGCUCGGCACCUUCAUGAGCUCGGCCAUCUGUCCCGAGUGUCGUGGAUACGUGUCCAGUUCGGGGGACACUUGGAGUUGUAAUAGCUGUGAUAAGAAAUUUGAAGCUUCGGCUAUGGCGCAUAAGGUUCAAUGUUGCUCGGAUAAAUUGGACGUUAUUAACAAAAAGGACGAGAAAGACUUAGAAGAAUACAUCAAGAACGUUUCCCUAGUCCUGGCUCCGAACCACUACCUCCUCCUGGACGCGAAGCAGAGGCUGGCAGGCGUGCUCCGUGACGUCAUCACGCGCGAACCGAGGCCUACCAAACGGUUACUAAGGAGGCAGUUACAGUUGUGCAGUGAGAUAUUAGAAGUGCUGGAAGUGCUUAGUCCGGGGAUAUGCAGGGCCAAAGCCAUCGCCCUAUACGAGAUUCACGCCGCGAUGGUGCAAUUGGCGAAAAAGGAGUUCGACUCUCGUGAAAUAACAGGAUCCGCAUAUUUGAAUGAACUAGUCAGCGCGGAAAAACACCUAAAGAGGUCACUACAAAUGCUGUUCAUAGAGCCUGGAAACUCGCCCGAGGGCGAACUGUGCGCGAAGGCCCUGGAAGAGUACAGGGCGCUGAAGACUACCAUGGGCACUGUGUUGGACGGCAUCCAUGCGCAUGGCAAGACUUACGUCGCUGCGGCACAGAACGGACAAGCAAUACAGACAUGUCCGACUGUUCAGUAGCUUGUAUAAAAUUACCUCAGGAAUUUUUAUUCUAGAGAAUGAUCUGUAGAAGCAUCCGAAGCGUACAUCAACGCCAUUGACGUAUAUCUAAAGACGGGCCUUACGGAAAAUAAGAAUGGGGCUAGUACAGCGGUGUCACGCACACGAAUUCGAGCCAAUCGUGCAGACUAAAGCCACAACGCGGUUGGUUGAUGAGUACGGGCCUCGCGCGCGAUUGGUCGCAACUAGUUGCGUUAGACUGCACGAUUGGCUCGAAUUCGUGAGUGACACCACUGAACUAGCACCGUUUUUAGUGCCCGUAAGGCCCGUCCUUAGAUAUAUGUUAAUGAUGAACGCCCUAAUUCUGUACCAAAAUAGUCAUUCGGUUGAUAAUGACGUACGCUUACGGUUUAUGAUCGUUGUAGGAGGUCGUACUUGCGGCAAAACUAACUGGUGACUAAGAUCAUAAUGCUAUCUCAUUUACCCUUGUAAAAUACCAACCAAUAGUGAAAGAGAUGGCAUUAAUGACCUGACUCGCCACUUAGUUUUGCGGCAAGUAUUGUAGACUGUAUUUUGUGACAAGGGUCGCCACGGCGCAAAUUAACAAGUAACUUAUGCAUGUUGAGAACUUGCGCAGGUUAUAUACGUCGUGUAGACGAUGAUAUAGAAGUGUGCUUGCUUCAUCUUCUAUGCACCGAGUGCAAGUACUUAUUCCAGAAUCUCUAAAGAAAAUAUACAUUUCCUGUAGUUAAUAUUAGACUUUAGUAGUAAAUUAUAGUGCAAAUUUAUACAAAUAUAUUUAUACUUUUUAACACCUCUA